GUAGCGUAGAAUCCCAUGAACCAUGAGUACUACGACCUCUAUUGUGAUCAAUGAUUACUUUGUUCAUUUAGCACAAAGCACAAAGAGAGCACAACCACAGCUGGCACAACUCACCUAUUUCAGUUGCAAGCCCUAAUUAAUAGAAUUGUACAAACUCAUCGAACUCAUAUGUAAAUACUUAUCAACCGUCACGCUCACCUUUUGAAGGAAUAUUAUACCCGAGAUUGUUAUAGUUCUAAGGUGAAAGAUGAUGCAUCGGAGUAUAGAUGAAAUAUGUGAGGAGUUGGACGAGCUAUCGUUGAAAUCCUUAGAAUUGAUGGAAGAAAAAGUCUCUGUAACCUUGCAGAUUGAAAAUCUAUUACGAGAUGGCCACAUUGAGCUAGCCAAAGCUCGCUAUAUUCGGGGAAUGGAAACUAUCGGGAUACUUCAAGUACCCACUGAAGCGGAACUAGUUGAGUCGCUAUUUGAGAUUCACAGAACCGAAAGGGCUGAUAACAUUCCAAAGUUUGACAUUAUCAAUAAAAUGAAAAAAAUUGAGAGCCAUGAUAUCCAAGAUCCUCUCAAGUGGUUUGGUGUUCUUGUUCCACAAAAUCUGCGUAAUGCACAGAAACGGUUUCAGGCUGUGUUGCAGCUCAGUGCUAGGUGUGCAAAUGUACGCUCUGAAAUUAUACUCAACACAGAAAAACUUGAAGACUUAAAACGGACAAAACUUAAAAUCGGUGCAAAAGAGGAAUAGUCAAAUUAUAAAUAGUAAGGUUCAAAGUAAUCAACUAAUAAAUGAAUAAAUUGUAAUAUAUUAAUCAAAUAGUUCAUGUUGAGUAUCUGGUGCAGGGCUCCCGCUAGACCUUUGAAAUUGAGGUAAUGUAACAGGUAAAACAACAAUGAUACAAAGUAUACAUAGUCGAUCAAAAACCAAUCAAGAUCUGCCUUCAGAUAUUUUUUAUUAUGAAUUGCUAUUUAAAACAAAUCUCACGUAUCUGCUCAGCACGUAUGUUACGUACCUAUUAAAAUAUUAUACCACUAUGUAAGUUUACUAGGUUCAUGUUAUAAAUCAGAGUAGAAAUUAGUUACAAAAAUGCAUGAUGUAUAAAUCCAAGUCGUUUUAAUUCAUCGCUAUAAUAGAAAAUUGAGCAAUGUGCAUAGAGAUUCGAUUGUAGAAUUCGAAUAA